AUGGCAGCGAGAAUUCACAUCCACGUGUCGCCACCUGAUUCGCCGCUCGACCUCUCGAGCCUCUCUUUCGCUCUAUCCAGCCCAAAAUCUAAGACACCAGAACCACAAUUGCUACCACUCUCAGCCGCUCCACCUUCUCCGCUAGCGGCGGCGGCGGGCGCGGUGCCUCCGGGCGCCGUAGCCCUGACCGGCGGUUGCGGGCAGAAGUCUUUAAAGCAGUCGCUAUGUGCCGCGGUGCUGCGGCUUGUGCAGGAGGGCGUGGAGAAGGACGGGUACGGCAAGCAAGCCGUCGAGGCGCUGGGGCGACACUUCGCGUCGCUCCCUUCGCGGUACGCUCUAAGCGUCGACCCGCACCGCCAUGAUGACGUCAUGCUGCACAUGCGGUUGAUCAACGAAGUGCGCGACGCGAACCAGUCGGACCGCGACCACGGGCCAAUGGUGUGCGUGCGACGCGUGUGGCUGGGAGCCGCAAACCUGCCGUCCAAUCCCAGCACGCCAACACCACGCGCCGCUGCCGCCGCCAGUGGCGCUGCUGACAGAGACAUUUCUGGGCAGUCGGAACAAACGAAGCAACAGCGACGGAAGUCGAGCAGCCAGCCGCGUCGCAUUCCAAAGCCUAUAUUCGGUUCCUCCGCCGCCCUCUCGUUGCUCUACGUUUGCAGCCCCACAGCGGCCGCAAUGACCGCCGCAAGUAACGCCGCCACAUCCGCCGGCGGAACUUCAGGAUCAAACGGCGGCUCUGGUAACCAGGUGACGAGGCAACUGUCAGGAAGCGGACGGACAGGUGGCCAAUUCUCAUUGGCUGCGUGCGUCAACGCGAGCAGCGGAGGUGGGAUGCGCGGAGAGCGGGGUGUGCCUGCGCCCGUGCCAAUUCCGAGACGGAAAUCGGGUGCUCAACUUAUAACGGGUACAAGAGGUUCCGCCUCCAGCCUUGAGGGAAGGAGCGCGGAGCGGGGUUCAGGAUGCGCGCUUGGGGAGGCCGAGGGGGACGGCGCGCGGGGGAACGAGCAGCGGGGACUGUACGGGCGGAAUGGGGGGGCGGCAUUUGACGAAUUUGGGGGGAAAAGUGCAGAAUCGGGGAGUCUGGGAGGAGGCAUAGGGUCGUUUGGGUCCUACGAUCAAACGAGAAGCGCGGGUUCGAGUCUCCACGGCGACACUCUGGAUGAAAACGAGGAUGGCGCAGGGAGAGGCGAGAGGGGAGGGUACGGGUGGGAGGUGACGGUGGCAGCUCCUGAUAGGCCGGGGUUGCUGACGUGUUUCACGAGCGCGCUGGGGAAUGCGGGGCUGGAGUGGAACAUCAGGGAGGCGCAUGUGUUCAGCAGCAGUGAUGGCAUGGCGCUGCAGGUGUUUGUGGUGGCUCCCGAUGGCGACCACCCCUUGCAUGAUGAUACGGUGGAGCUACAGGAGGCGGUGCAGGAGCUGCUGCGCGCCAAGUGGAAGGACCACGUGGCAGUGGCGGCGCGCACAGCAGAGCAGGUGCAGCUCAGCAACGUGCGCGCCGUCGUGGACGCUCUCGCAUACGAGGACUGGGCCGUGGACUACAGCGAUCUGGCCCUGGGGGAGAAGCUAGGCGGGGGAGCGUCAGGGCGGCUGCUCAGGGGGACGUACCGCGGGCAGGAGGUGGCAGUCAAGGUGCUGCAGCUCGCUCCCCAUGGGGGGGGCGCGCAGGGGGAGGGCGCGCCUGGGGGCGGUGCUGCUGGGGAGGGUGGGGAAGGGACGGGGGGUAUGGGCAUGGUGGGGGGCACGGUGUGUGGGACGCUGCGAAGUGCGACGGCCAUGGAGCUGCUGCAGUGCUUCAAGCAAGAGGUCGCUAUAAUGAGGAUGGUUCGCCAUAAGAAUCUCGUGCAGUUUAUCGGAGCCUGCUCGCACUGGCCGAGACUCUUCAUCGUCACAGAGCUCAUGGCAAAGGGAAGUGUGAGGGACGUCCUGGAUCGUCACAGCGUCACCCUCUCCCUGCCGGCGCGCCUCAAGAUCCUCCGGGACGCGGCGCGCGGGCUGGACUUUCUGCACCGGAGGGGCAUCGUGCACCGCGACUUGAAAGCGGCGAACCUGCUCAUUGACGAGAACGACGUGGUGAAGCUGUGUGACUUCGGUGUGGCCCGCAUGCUGCCAUCGCGGCAGCAGGGUGGGCAGCUGAGGGGCGGGCCGGAGAAGGUGGGAGGGGCUGACAUGACAGCGGAAACAGGGACAUAUAGGUGGAUGGCGCCUGAGGUCAUGGAGCACAGGGGGUACGACCAGCGGGCGGACGUGUUCUCCUUCGCCAUCACCAUGUGGGAGGUGUUGACAGGCGACCUGCCAUACUCUGGUCUCACACCCCUGCAGGCUGCUAUCGGCGUGCUUCAGAGGAACCUCCGCCCGCCCAUUCCACCCACGCUCCCUCCUCCCAUCGCCACCCUCAUGGCUCGCUGCUGGGCGUCCGACCCUGCUGAUAGAGCCGACUUCUCCGAGGUGCUGACAGUGCUGGAAGCGUCCAUCAAGGGAGUGUCCCCUGCCGCCCUCUGCCUGGGCCCUGAUGCCGCCUCCCCUGCUGCUGCUGGAGGGGGAAUCACAGGGGCAGGUUCAGGGGCAGGUUCAGGGGCAGGGGGAGUGGCAAGGGUGCGGGAUUUGACAGCGGGGGGAGGGAGCUCUUCCUCUCUGGGCAGUUUGUUUCGGCGGUCCAUCUUCGGGGCUGUCAAGAAGCACUGA